AUGGUUGCAUCUCCUUUAGGAAAAGCCGCAAUUCAUUUCCCUAAAGUUGGUGCUUACAUCGCAAUUCACGAAAACAUAUUAAAUGCUCGAAUGGUAUUAGUUCCUGUUCCAAUUACUAACUCUGAUAAAGCAUCCGAAUAUUUAUCAACUGCAAUUCUACCAGACGGUACAAGAGUUUUUAUUACUCGCCCAAUCGAUUCACCUUCAAAUCCUUAUUGCAAAACAUUUGCAUAUGACGAAAAUAUCUCUGGUUUAGCUGUUAGUGAUACCGGCAAAAUUGCUGCGAUUGCAACAAAAGAGCAUUUUUGGGUUUGGCAACAGCUCGAAGAAUGGCCGAAAGGAAUUGGCUAUUGGACAGAUCUUACGGCAGAUUCUAGAUUUGGAGUAAAUCUUAUGGUAAAUCAUCCAAGAACUGAUCAACUACGAAUUACUCAUGGUUUCAUGAAACCAAGACAAUCGUUUACAUUACAUCCAGCACUUUCUCCAAUGCUUCCAUCUAAUUCUGCUGUUUGCUAUCAAGAUCUUUGCUUAUUUGAUAAUCCAGAUGAAGGAAUGGGAAUUGUCAGCUUAACAACACUUUUACCUCCAUCAAGACCUUUUGAUACUCUUUAUAUGUUUGUCUCUAUAUGUCAUUUUCAUACAGGCAGAAAACCAACUUUUGAAAGACAUUCCUGCUCUCUUCCAAUUGUAGAAGGAGGUGGAGCUCCUUGUAUUUGGUGGAGCAGCUGUUGUAGAACAGCUGUUGUUGCUGUAUCUCAAUCUUUAGUAAUCAUUACUAGAUAUUUAUACAUUGUUAAGGUUUUGCCUCUUCAUGAUGUACUUCCAGGCGAUAGACCUGAAGUUGCUUCUAUUGCAUGGUCAGCUUGCGGCCAAUUUUUCCUUGUUACAUCAAAAACCGGAGCAAUUUCCGCAAUUACAAGAAAUGGUCACUCAAUGAAGCACAAUUUGUGUGGUCUCACGCCAUUUGGUAAUGGUAAUUUCCCAUUACUUGCAGCAGGAGAUGGAUAUGAUCCAGGACUUUUUGCUGUUUACUCAAGAAAUGAAAUGAGAUGUCUUAGAAUUGACAUUUCUGCGAUUCAAAGAUCAUUAGACAUCAUGAUUGCACUUCCAUUCCCACAAGGUGCUGCAGAACCAAUGUAUGAUCACGCUAAAAAAUUAAUUGAAUACGGAGAUUAUACAGACAAGAAGAAUUUGGCAGAAUUGUUAUUCUUAACGAAUGUCUAUAGAAUAUUCCCAUUAUAUAGUCCAUUAAGAUAUACAAUUUUCCAAUCUGUUAGUGAUGCAGCAAUUAAAUUUUACGAAAACGGUGAACAUUUGUUCUCAAUUCUUCUUGCAAGAUGUGUAUUCUGGAUUACAAACAAAGAACUUCCAACAUAUAGACCAAUUAUGGAAAGAUUAGACUUUGCAAAAACUCCAAGAGAAAAACACAUUCUUCAUAUCAUGAAAUACGAAGUAGAAAGAAGAGAUUGGAUAGAAGAUCAAUUCAACACCGAUAGUAGAAACAUUAUGAUGUAUGAUCCUGAAGAAGCAUCAAACAUGAAAGAAUUUGAAAGGCCACCUGAUGGAUCUGAUGUUGAUGUUGGUUUAGUUUGUAGAAUGGUUAGAACUGCUCUUUAUUCCAAUGAUACAAGUACAUUUUUGGAUGUACAAACAAAUCUUCGACCACUAUUCGAUUAUUUGUUAUUUGCAGGUCGUAUUGAUCAAGCUUAUGCAGUUGGAAAACAUCCUUCCAUUGGUCUUGAAGGAAUUCCUCUUGCAAAAGAAAUUAUAAUGAGUGUUGCAACAGAUCCUGUGAGAAUAUGGCGUGCAAUGCAAACAUGCAUAUCCCAAGAUAAUGAAAAUGAACUUGGAAUCAGAGCUUUGGCUGUGAAUGCAUUAAAUGACAUUCUCAAGAACAAAAUUGUUGAAUCAAGUCCAGACAAAAACGGAAAAGUGAAGCCUCUUUCUAAAUUAAUAGAAGUAGAAGAUGAAUUCGAAAUGGUUUGUCCAGAAGAUGAGAAACAAGUUGAAGAUUUCGCUGUUCUUGUUUCUCUAGCAAUUGCUGCAGCAGAUUACAGGAAUGUUACUAAUUUCUUAAAGAGACACUAUGAAGAAAUUCAUGAAACAUUGAAAGAUUCUAUUUAUGAAUUGUUUAGAUUAUUAUGGUUCGUGAAAUACCGUUAUUCAGCUGUGCAAGAAAUGGUUGGUGGUGCUGGAGAUAGUUGCUUGAGAUUACUUGGAUUUUCUGACUUCAUGAACAUUGAUGCAGUCAAAGAACACAUUUCACAGUUCCCUACAAGUAAUUUCUCACCUGAUAUAUAUGCUCAUUAUAUAUCAGGAUCAAGAAUCUACACAGAAGAUCCUGGUUUUGUUGACUUCGCAGAAAGAAUUCUUGCAAACAUCAAUGCAAGACAACUUACCAGGAUCCAAACUGCUGUUGAUAACUUCACCCAAGGAAAGGAUACUGUUCCUUCUUCUCGUCUUUUGUUUGCAUUAGUUGUUACUGAUAUUUUACCUUAUUUAAGAUGUGUUUUAGCUCGAUCAUUAACAGGAUUUGAGUGUGGAGAUAAAGUUCCUGAAGAUUUCAGAGAUCUUGAAGACUUCCAGCUUCCUGAUGGUCCAGAAGCCAGUUUAAUCAUUGAAAAGCCAACAAGUGAUAUCAAUGAAAUGUCUGGUUUAUCAGCUGGCGAAUUCCAUCCACCAAUUCAACCAAAGAUCCCUGCAAAGAGAAGGAAACACAGAAGGAAAAUGCGACAGAAAGGAAGUUCCUCUGAUGAAGAUCUCUCUGAUUUGCGAAAGAAGAGGAAGCCAAGGCCAGUUUCUGAAUCAGAUUCCGAUGAUGGAGAUACAUUACAGCCAUUGUUGUUUGAUAAAGUCGGUAGACACAGAGCUCCAGAUAAUUUCGACAUUCCACCAAUGUACAAUGAUUUUGGAAUGUAUCCACAACAGCCUUAUCCAGAUUAUACGAUGUACGCGAUGCAAGUUCCUGAUAUCAUUCAUGGUUAUGCAAAUCCAAAUCCAGAAAAUGCUUUCGGACCGAUUUGGGAUUUGGAUCCUGCAGAUUUUGUUCGCGAAGAAGAGGAAGUUCCUGUCAGAGAGAAAGAAUCAGAUGCAAUUAAACCAACAAGAUCGAAUGCAUCUAUUAACACAGAGAUUCCAUCCUACCAGCCCCCUCCACCACCUCCUGUUCAAUCUCCACCUCGCGAAAGGUUCCCGAGGAUCAUCUUUGCAUCAAGGCCAAGUGGUCCUCCAAAUCCAUAUCCUAACGACUACGACUUAGAAACAUCUGAGAUUUCGGAUAUCGAUUUGCGUCCACCUCAGUCGAAUCCAAUGCCUUAUUCAGAUCCAUUCCCAACGGAUGAUGCACUUCAUAGGAGAGUUAUUCAGCUCUUAGAUGAAGCAAAUGGAGAUCCAAUUCCUGCGGGACUUAAGCCAACUCCAACAUUCAAGAGGCCUCCUCCAAGAGACGAUAGAGUUAAUAUUCCACCAAUUCCUGAUUUCGGAAUGACUCCUCUAGUUAAUUCACACAUUUCACCAAGAUCUGUUACUGAAACUGAAGAAGAGCACUCUUACAGAUAUGAGAGAGUUACAACAGUCACAAAUGGACCGCCAGGAGAUGAUGGCGCAGUCUUUAAUCCUAAUGAAGGAUUGGAUAGUGAUGAAGGCGGAUUCCCAGAUUUCAAGCCAAAGUUAAUCAACAUGAAAGAUCCAAGAGUUAUUUCUGUGAGAAAUCCAAACGACAGAAAGUACCAGCAGCCUUCCCAGGUUAAUCAGAAGAAAGCUGUUCUGCGAGAAGUUACUCCAACAAAUGUCCCACCUAAGUAA